AGCGGCUGCCACAUCUGGAGGGUCCGGCGGCCGGGGGGCUGGUCUGGGCCCGGGCAGAGAAAUCCCUCGGAGGGGGAGAGGGGCUGCGGGGAAAGAGGAGAAGGAAGGAGGCUGCGAGGGAGCGGGGCGGCGGAGGUAAAGGGAACUCGACAGCCUCCCAGCCCUGGGUGCGGGCAAGGCUGGAGCUCUUUCACCGGGAGGCUGCAGGAGGGGUAUUGUCCAGCAGAAAACCAUGGGCAAUUUCAAAGGGCACGCCCUUCCUGGAAGCUUUUUUCUUCUUUUUGGUUUGUGGUGGUCAGUGAAGUAUCCACUGAAGUAUGCCUGUCGAAAAAACAAGAAUGCUUGCUACCUUGGCUCCAGGGCAGGAUUUCAGCGUCUGGAGUUUGUUGAAGGGAUCAUCAAAGCUGUCUUUUCCCUGAUUGGAAUGGUGGCUGAGCAGUUUGUUCCUGAUGGACCUCAUCUUAAAUUGUAUAACUAUGAGGAAAAGCACUGGGAUCACUUGAUGAACUGGCAACAUGCUACCAUGUACCUCUUCUAUGGCAUUUCAGGAUUGGUUGACAUUGUGACUCAUGGGACCAACACAUUACCAGUGGCCAUGGACAGGAUGAUGCUUUCCUUAGCAGUCUUUAUUGAAGGUUUUCUCUUUUGCUACCACCUUCAUGGGAGAGCCAUGCUGGAUGUUCAUGUUCAUCAGUUACUGCUAUUUGCUAUCUUUGGAGCUGCUGUUUGCAUAUUUCUGGAAGUUUUCUUCCGUGGCAGUAUUGUCCUAGAGAUGCUCCGUACAAGCCUCUGCAUAUUACAAGGCAGCUGGUUCUGGCAGAUUGGUUUUGUGCUUUAUCCUCCAAAUGGGAGCGCAGAGUGGAAUCAGACGGAUCAUACUAAUAUGAUGUUCCUCACCAUGUGCUAUUGCUGGCAUUAUGCUUUUGCUUUUCUUAUACUUGCAGUGAAUUACACAAUUGUCAGCUGGGCAAUUCGUUCAAAGGUUAAACAGUCCCAGUCGAUGGAAAUGGGAUUACUGAAAACAUCGGAACGAGAUCAAGAGUCAGAAGAUGAAAUUUAGUAUAAGUAUGGCUUGACUAGCUUAUCUGCUCUACCAUUAGGCUAAAUGGUACCUCAUUUCUAAUCUGUUUACCAUCUUAUUAUGCUUUACUACAACUUGCUAUACAAAUAACAUCCCUUCGAGUACUGUUACAUCUUUAUUUGCAGAGGGUAAGCUUGGUAUCGACUUGAGGUGGUUACACUAGUAUCUUGCUCAUCACAUGCUUCAAAGAAAAACACACUAAUAUUAUACAGACUUGACCAGGAUGAGGGGGCAUGAUGAAGUCUGUUUGACUCAUUAAAAGCUAAGUAAAAUGAACUGACUAUUAAAUUUCCAUAGUUUGGGAGUCCCAGUAAAUGUGUUUGUUGCCCUGCAAGCAACUGUGCAUAAAUAACUGUGAAGACCUGGAAAUUGGUAGAACAAGAUAAAAAAAAAAAAUCAGUCAUGCAGCUGUUUUGCAUAAUACUUUUAUGUCUCUGCUUGUAGCCUGAUGAUAAAUGGGAUGAAUGCACACUGCAAACUCAUUCAGUGUUUCCUUGAAGAGUAUGAAGUGUGUUCAGUCCUGAAGAUGCACCACCAAGCUUGAUACCAGAGAGCAACAUGGUGAUCAAAAGCCACUGCAGUUAUUAAUUCUCAUGCCUAACUAGUCCUGCCCCUUUGCUAUUAUUUGACUUUGAAAGGCAGUGAAGUGACUUUACUUACCUUCAGCUCCUGGAGCAACAUCUUUCCCAGAAAGGCCAAGGGGUGUCCAGUGGGGCAGCACCCAUCUGCAAAGCCAGUUUCUUUUCCAAAGUUAAUUUCUCUUCUUCGGUGGAAUUUGGUGAAAUCUCAGCAGGGUUUGUAGCAGACAUGUGACUGGACCCAGCACCUCGGUCAGGAGAGGAUAAUACUGAUCUGCAGGCAGGAUGAAACAUUUUGCAUUCUUUUCCUUAUGUGACUCCUGCUGCUGCCCCUGCAAGUGCUGGGCAACCUGCAGAGUGCUGCAUGGUGAGCUGUGAGAGGGCAGAUGUUGCCUUCAUAGUAGCUCCAUGCCCAGCUACCCAUAGCAGUGAGUCACUUUUUUAAAAAAUUAAACCUUUUAUAAUUGGAACUAUUUUCUCUGCUAAAACAGAAAUCUUGAUCCAGAAUGCUUUUUGCGGCACUCACUGUUGUUUGGGAUGCGCUCCAACCUCAACAAAAGGGAAAUAACUGACUGAUAUAUGUCAAAAGACAUCAGAAAAUGAUGUUGUGUAUAAACCUAAGGCUGUUGUGUCACCCCUGGGCAGACUUUUGAAGCAUUGCUCUGGCUCUAAUACAUAUUUUGAGAGAUUUUCAUGAGCAGCUAGACAGGAAGGAGCACUUGCUGUGCCAGUGCAUGUAUGCUUUGCCUUCCAGAGGGCUGAGCACAAAACGCAGGCUCAUGGCCAUGGGCCACUUUACAUAUUCAUCAGGGAAUCAUUAUAGAAAA